UUUAUGUAAGGCACCGGACCUAAGGAUCGGCGUGACGGUGGCCAUCGCCUUGGCCGUCUUCGUGCCCUCUGUCUCCAUUAUCAUCUGCUUCACCCGCUCCUGCUGCUGUCUGUACAAGAUGUGCCGCCGACCGCGCCCGGUUGUUGUCACCACCACAACGCACUCAAAAACCCCUAGAGAUAAGACUAUUUUGCCCAUUUUGCUCUUAGUGUUCUUUUCUAGCAUGGUUAUAGGAAGCUCAAGCCCUCAUACUCCUUAUCAAAUUACUUGGCGACUUAUUAAUUUAAGAAACGGAGUGACUGUUAACAGCUCCUCCAGUUUUAAUGUUCUUAGUGAUUUCUUUCCAGACUUGUAUUUUGAUCUCUGCCAACUUUUUGAUGCUGAAGAUAUAUGUGUGUGGAAGGGAGGAACCUAUGCCUGUCCCGGGGGAAAGAAUGGAAAAUCUAUCCCAGGUUGCGGGGGCCCUGAGGUGGGGUACUGUGGGGCAUGGGGAUGUGAAACCACUGGAAGUGCAUACUGGAAACCCUCCUCUUCAUGGGACAUGAUUACUAUCGGAGCGGCUCCAGGCAUAACGUUUACCGAAUGCGGGGGCAGGGAUUGUAGUAAUUGCCUGGAUGGGACGAUGGGUAGGUGCCACCUCCAGGUCCUUCGCUUCACUGAUAAGAGCAAACAGGACAAAUGGGUGGGGCCUAAAUCAUGGGGCAUCUACUUGUAUAGACCGGCUAAAGAUCCCUUUGCCCUAUUCGCCUUGAGCCGGACGAUUACUGUCGCGUCCGUAUCGGUUGGGCCAAAUAAGAUAUUAACAAAACAUAAGAGCCCAACCUCCCGACAGUUUAAAAAGGGAAAACCCCACGGGCAAGUACUUGUCAGGAAUCAGCCCAGUCAGAUGUCCGCUAACAAUCAGUCUAGAUUGGUUUCCCCGACACCCGCAUUUCCAAAUAAGCACGUAGUAACCACGCCCCCUUUUCCCUCUUUACCCAAAACGGAGAAUAGGCUCCUCAGCUUAAUACAUGGGGCCUACCAAGCACUAAAUAAUUCUGAUCCCGAUAGGACCCAGGAUUGCUGGAUGUGCCUUGCCUCACCUCCCCCUUAUUAUGAGGGAGUGGCUGUCAUUGGAAAUUGGACCAACCAUACUACCGUCCCUCCCCAGUGCUCUAAUCUGCCAUCUCACUGGCUAACUCUUACCGAAGUAUCAGGACGGGGGCUUUGUGUAGGCUCCGUUCCCCCUCAAUAUCAGGGCCUCUGUAACAAAACCAUGACCCUCAAACCGGGCGCCUAUUAUUUAACAGGGCCAGAUGGGGUAUAUUGGGCAUGCAAUACUGGCCUAACCCCCUGCCUGGCAGGACAAGCUCAUAAUCAAACACAUGAAUGGUGCAUCAUGGUUGAAGUAUGGCCUCGAGUUACGAUACACAACUCUGAGGAAGUCUACCGACACUAUGAGGGAAAUCUCCGGCUCCCUAGGGAACCCGUAUCCAUAACACUAGCCCUCAUAUUGGGAGGACUCACAGUCGGAGGCAUCGGAGCAGGCAUAGGUACCGGAGCCACUGCCCUUUCAAAGGCAAAUCAUCAUCAUCAGUUACAGCAAGCCAUGCAUUUAGACUUACAAGCUCUGGAAGAAUCGGUCAGUGCAUUAGAAAAAUCCUUAACCUCACUCUUGGAGGUAGUAUUACAAAACAGACGAGGGCUAGAUUUAUUAUUUCUAAAGGAAGGAGGACUUUGUGCAGCCUUAAAGGAAGAAUGUUGUUUCUAUGCGGAUCACACUGGGGUGGUCAGAGAUAGCAUGGCAAAACUCAGAGAAAGAUUAAAACAACGGCAGAGCCAAUUUGAGGCAGGGCAAUCAUGGUUUCAGAGCUGGUUUAAUUCAUCCCCUUGGCUUACGACUUUAAUCUCCUCUAUUGCAGGACCCUUAGUAAUAUUACUCUUAAUUUUAACCAUCGGACCCUGCAUACUAAAUAGGCUUGUUCAGUUUGUUAACGAUAGAUUGUCUGUCACCCAUGCCUUAAUUCUAACACAACAACAUCAAAGUUUAAAAUCACAAGACAUAGAAAAUAGAUUUUAAAAUAC